CUGCGGCUCCUUCCGGUUGCUUGCUUUCCUUGCUCUCUCUCUCUCUCUCUCUCUAACUCCGCUCCGUCUCUUCUCUCUGCCUCGUCCAACUCCGCCCGAUCUGUUGGCCGUGCGUCUAGAGAUGGCGUACGAGAAGAUCAAGGUCGCCAACCCCAUCGUUGAGAUGGACGGGGAUGAAAUGACCCGAGUCUUUUGGAAUUCGAUUAAAGAAAAGCUCAUUUUUCCAUUCUUGGACUUGGAUAUCAAGUAUUUUGAUUUGGGCUUACCUCACCGUGAUGCCACAGAUGAUAAAGUCACAAUAGAGAGCGCAGAAGCCACCCUUAAAUACAAUGUAGCUAUCAAAUGUGCAACAAUUACUCCGGAUGAAGCUCGAGUUAAGGAGUUCAACUUGAAAUCAAUGUGGAAGAGCCCUAACGGGACAAUUAGAAAUAUUUUGAAUGGAACUGUAUUUAGAGAGCCAAUUAUUUGCAAAAAUAUUCCACGGCUUGUUCCAGGAUGGACAAAGCCAAUAUGCAUUGGAAGACAUGCUUUUGGUGAUCAAUACAGGGCGACUGAUACAGUCAUUAAAGGACCUGGCAAGCUCAAAUUAAUUUUUGAAGGAAAAGAAGAGGAAGUUGAACUCGAGGUGUACAACUUCACUGGAGCAGGCGGAGUUGCCUUAUCGAUGUACAAUACUGAUGAGUCAAUUCGCUCAUUUGCUGAAGCUUCCAUGGCUACUGCUUUACAAAAGAAAUGGCCACUUUAUCUCAGCACUAAGAAUACAAUUUUGAAGAAAUAUGAUGGAAGGUUCAAAGAUAUAUUCCAAGAGGUUUAUGAAACUGAAUGGAAAUCCAAGUUUGAGGCUGCAGGGAUUUGGUAUGAACACCGUCUCAUUGAUGACAUGGUUGCAUAUGCACUCAAGAGCGAAGGUGGUUAUGUUUGGGCUUGCAAAAACUAUGAUGGAGAUGUGCAGAGUGAUUUCUUAGCUCAAGGUUUUGGGUCUCUUGGUCUGAUGACAUCAGUGCUGGUGUGUCCAGACGGAAAGACCAUCGAAGCUGAAGCUGCACAUGGAACAGUUACACGCCAUUACCGUGUUCAUCAGAAGGGUGGUGAAACUAGUACAAACAGUAUAGCCUCCAUCUUUGCCUGGUCAAGAGGGCUUGCUCACAGGGCAAAGUUAGAUGACAACGCCAGACUGCUUGAUUUCACCGAAAAGCUGGAAGCUGCUUGUGUUGGAACUGUUGAAUCUGGGAAGAUGACCAAAGAUCUAGCUCUUCUCAUUCAUGGAUCCCGCGUCACUCGAGAAAAGUAUCUGAACACCGAAGAGUUCAUUGAUGCGGUGGCAUCUGAGCUGAGAGCUAAGCUUUCUUCGUAAAUCCCUUUGUGGCCAGCACAGUUAUUCACUUUGCCAUGAGGCUGAAUUUGCAAGUUCCUGAAGCUGGGAGUUGGGGAAGGUUCGCUACUUAGUUACUUCAAAUAAAAAUUGCUUUUGUGUUGGGAAGAAACAUUUUCCAUUCAUCAUUUCUUCAUAGUCCAUGGAUUGCUUGUGAACAUUUGGUACUGCAACUUAUCAUUGAUGGUGCUUCAUCCAUAGUUCGACUUGAACAUUUGUCUAGAUAAAUUCUAAAUUUUUUA